UGAUAAAGUGAGAAGAAAAGAAGAGAGAGAGGGAGACAAAAAACACAAAACAAAAAACCCCACAGACAGUGAGAACCAGGUCUUGACGAGGGAGGAUUCUCUACAAGAAAGUCGCAGGAUUUUAAAAAAAUAUGCCCCUGGUGUUUUUAAAUAGAAAACUAACGCAGUGUUUCAUUUAACCGGAUUUCACUGUAAAAACAAUUUUAGUUUACCUGCUUCCCCUGCUUUGGGGGGAAAAGGGUUAUAACCUACCUGUUGCACUGGACCUGUUGAGAAAAACACAGGGGCGGAGGAGGGGCACCCGGAGGAGACGAGGUGCCACCAAGUCGAGCAGGAAGCUUGAGCACAGACUCCGUGGAGUGAUGAGGACAGCACGCCGGGCGAGCAACGUGGAGGUUCCCUCCUUCCUCCGACAGCUGGUGAAAGAGACAGAGAAGAUGGUCACCUUCUUCUUCAAAGGAGGAUCCAGGGAGAGAGGGCCUGGGGAGGAGGACAACUUGGAUGAAGAUGACGGAAUACCCAGCCCGUACCUGGAGCAUCCCAUUUUGGAAAAGUAUGUGUCUGAGGGGGGAUCUCCUGUGGGGUUGAACUAUGCUGUGGCAAGCAUGCAGGGGUGGAGGGCUCAGAUGGAGGAUGCCCAUGCCUGUAUGCCCCAGCUGAGAGCAGAGUUGCGAGACUGGGGUUACUUUUCUGUUUUUGAUGGACACGCAGGCACCACAGUGGCACAGUACUGUGCCAGACACCUGCUGGAUCACAUCCUGGCUGCAGGUGGGAUUCAAACAAACGAGGAUCCUGAGCAAGUAAAGGAAGGGAUACGCGAAGGCUUCCUAGACAUUGAUCGUCAUAUGCACAAACUGGCUCGUCAGGACAACUGGGACAGAAGUGGCUCCACUGCAGCAGGUGUGCUGAUUUCUCCGCGCCACAUUUACUUUAUCAACUGCGGAGACUCCCGCACUCUGCUCUGCCAUGACAGCCAGGUGGUCUUCUACACCGAAGACCACAAGCCGUUCAACCCCAGAGAAAAGGAGCGGAUCCAGAACGCCGGAGGCUCGGUGACCCUGCAGAGAAUCAAUGGCUCGCUGGCUGUUUCCAGGGCACUGGGAGACUUUGACUUCAAGGAGGUGGACUGGAGGUCGCAGACCGAGCAACUCGUGUCUCCGGAGCCGGAGGUGUACGAGCUGGAGAGGACGCCUGAAGACGAGUUCCUAAUUCUAGCUUGCGAUGGUGUGUGGGAUGCCAUUGGAAAUGAAGAACUGUGUGCUUUUGUACGCAACCGUCUGCAGGUGUGCGAUGACCUGAGAGAGAUUUGUACCCAAGUCAUUGAUCUCUGCCUCUAUAAGGGCAGCUUGGAUAACAUCAGCAUCAUCAUUGUCUGCUUCCCUGGCGCCCCCCAGGUGUCACAGGAGGCACUGCAACAAGAGGCAGAGCUUGAGCAACAAAUUGAUAUGAAAGUGGAAGAAAUUAUCCAGAUGAUGAGGUGCAAAGAUGAGGACCCUGACCUUCUAUAUGUGAUCAAAUUCCUAGCAGCAGAAGAGAUGCCGGGACUGCCCCCAGGAGGAGGAAUCACCAGCAAGCGAGACUGUAUCAUCUCAGCAUACCAGAAACACAUCAUGGCUCUAAGGACUCAGGAGCCUAUGGACAUUGAAGGAUCAGAGGAAGACUCAAACUAAAGCCACGAAGAAUGAACAUCAUGAAGAAAGCUUAGACACUUCUUAGAUGUGGACCACACUAAGCACAAUUCUUUAAGUAACAUUUUUGGGUAUAGGGUAUAUUUGUUUUUGGGUAUAGCCACACAUAUUUGCUUUCUGGUCAAAUCAUAUUAAAUAUGGAGGAACAAAAUGA